CAAACCGAGGAUGGUGCUGAGUGUAGCGCAGGUGUGCGGUGACAGCAGCGAAUUCGAACAGAUUCCACAAACAGGGUGUGAAUGUCGGCGUCAUCAGAGACAGCCGAUGAAGCUCCCGUAAUGACGUCACACACUGAGACAAAUGACGUCACCAGAGGCUCCAGUGACGUCACGUGUGAGGUGCUGGUCAUUGGUGCCGGUAUAUCCGGGCUAACGGCUGCCUACGAGAUUCAGAAACGGAAUCCAAAAACUGAGCUCUGCCUUGUGGAGGCUAAAGGCCGUGUCGGGGGUCGAACCCUGGCCACCCAGAUCCGGGUCAGAGAAGGUCAGACGGAGACCUUUGACCUCGGAGGUCAGUGGGUCGGGUCAACUCAAACCGACAUCAUGGAGAUGCUGGAUGAACUCGGACUGGAGGUCUAUCCGCAAUACAUUCAGGGUACAAAACACAUGCAGCUGGGAGGUGACUCCAUUCGACGCUACAGCAGCACAAUACCCAACCUAGGCUCGUGGUGGGGCCUGGUGCAACUGCAGCUCUUCAUCUGGAAGGUGGAUCGCCUGGCGAAGAAAUGCUCUCCUCUGAGCUCGUGCAGUGACCGAACUAUCAGAGACCUGGACGGAGUAUCGGUGGAGGCCUUCGCGCGACAAAACAUCAGUAAUAUGGCCGCUCUGGAGGCCAUCAUUGCCGCGUGUAGGGUGAUCCUAGGCUGCGACGCCAGCAGGGUAAGCGUGGUUCACUUUCUGGCCUAUACCCACGCCGCUGGCGGACUCAACGCACUGCUAGAGGCCACGCCAGGCACCGCGCAGGAGUUCAAGGUCAAGGGAGGUACCCAGCAGAUCAGCGAGCUGCUUGCCGACCGUAUCGGGCGUCAUCGUAUCUUCCUGGGGCACCCCGUCACGGAGAUCACUCAGGGGAAUGAUGACGUCACAGUCAGUACCGGGGACGGCGUCGUAUUCCACUGCAAAUACGUCAUCUCUGCUUUACCUCCAAACCAGCUAGCCAGGGUGAACUUCACUCCACCGCUGAGCCCAGUGAGGCGAGAGUUGAUCUCCAACAUGCCCAUGGGACAUCUCAUCAAAUUUGUCGUCACAUUCGAGGAGGCUUUCUGGCGAGCUGCCGGCAUGUCUGGCGAGGUCGUCUCAAACGGUGGACCUAGCACAGUUCCCGGGUGUACCCACGGUCCGCUGUGUAUUGUCUAUGACGCCACGUCUGACAAGUGCAGUCCGGCGCUGGUCGGAUUCAUUGCCGGAAGCACCAGCGUGGGGUGGGAGAGCAAACG